UAAUGGGGGAAAGGCAAACAAAAGGGGUGCAGCGUCGGCCUGGCCUGAUGUGAGUAAUGGGACGUGGAUGAUGUUGGACGUUGGCCCCAUUUGGAGGCAGGAGUAGGGAGGUCAGGCAGUCUGGGAGCAGAAUCUCUGAGCUGGCUGAGAUAAGGGGAACGCCCAGGGAGCCGUUUACAGAGGAUAAGAUAAGCCUGGGUUGUAAGCUGAGAUGGAAAGUAAGUCGUGCAUGGACAGCGCGUGCUGGACAGGGAUUCGUUCCUCCGGAGUAUCCAAACCAGUCCCCGAACGCAAUACAAUGUGGUCAGUGCAGGGUGACGGGCCAGUGGAGCUAAAGCAUGAGGGAGCUCUGCCCCCCUUUUCCACCCCCACCACAUAACUCCGUAUGUUCCAUCUUGCCCCAUGCCAUAUGACCAGGCGUUCGCCACCAUCGUCCCAAGAGUUUCCCAGGUGGACAACUCCUCCGACUUUCUGGGCAAUGUCCCCCACCGCCGGCACCCAGGGGUGCUGCAUCUCAGGAGUGUCCGACUCCCGGCCGAACUGGUGAAGGCUGCCCAGCUGCUGGUGGAGCAGUCCACUGUGCAUGGGUUGAAGGACCAAGUGGUGGCCCUGACCAACUACCUCUGGAGUCGGAAGCGUCCCCUGGAGGCCAACGAGCUGCAGAGGAGAGGGCAGCAGCUGGAGCAGCAGCUGAGGGAGAAAGUCCAGCCCCGCACAGCAGACUCAUCAAGCCCCCUGACUGAUGCUGAGGAGGAGAAGCUGCAGAGGAGGGUGCUAAACAGGCUUCGAAAAACCACCUAUCACUGGGAGGCACUGAGGUAUACAGAUGAGCUGAGUCUUGUGUACAUGGCAGCUCGGCUGGAUGGGGGGUUUGCGGCUGUGUCCAGAGCCUUCCAUGAAAUCCAGAAGCGAGUUCCGGACUUUGCCCCUCGCACCCUUCUGGAUUUCGGCUCUGGUACAGGCUCUGUCAGCUGGGCAGCGCAUGGUGCCUGGGGCCAGACCCUGCGUGAGUACCUGUGUGUCGACAGCUCCUCCCCCAUGCUGGCCCUCGCUGAGCGGCUGCUGCAAGGUGGCUCUGAGUCCUCGCAGGCCCCACUCUUUCCAGGCGUCUAUUUCCGGCAGUUCCUCCCCGUCUCGCCCAAGGUGAAGUUUGACCUAGUGGUCUCAGCCUUCUCCCUGAACGAGCUGCCCAGCCUGGCCGAGCGCAGGGAGACCAUACGGACGCUGUGGAGGAAAACGGACGGCUUCCUGGUGCUGGUGGAGAACGGGACCAAAGAGGGUCACCAGAUGCUCAUGGAGGCGCGAGAGAUCGUCCUGGGGGGGGGAGACAAGGUGGUGCAUGACCCACGGGAGGCUCACAUCUUCGCCCCAUGCCCGCACCACCUCCCCUGCCCACGGCUGAACCCCGAGCGGCCCCUCCCCUGCAAUUACCUCCAGGCCUACCAACCCCUCCCCUUCCGCUGGAACCCAGUGCUGAAGGAGGAGUUGUUCUCCUUCCUGAUCCUGCGCCGGGGACCGGGGGCGAGCGAGGAGCCCUGGCCCCGCAUCACCCAGGCUGUCCUGAGCCGUGCCCGGCAUGUCCACUGCCACCUAUGCUGUGCUGACGGGAGCCUGCAGCACGCCGUGAUCACCGCGCGCCGGCACGGCAGGGAUCUGUAUCGCUGUGCCCGGCUGAGCCACUGGGGGGAUCGGCUGCCUGUGACGAUGCCCCCCGGGGAGGCUGUUCCGGGGGAGUAACCCUCCAGCCCAUCCCAGGGGGCAGAUGCUGAGCUCCCGAAGUCUCGCUGUGAUCUGUCGCCCAACCCUCCUGGGCACUGACGUGUGGAUGGUGGCAGGAAGCGCCCUAGUGGAUUGGCAUUGGUAUGCGUGGGGGGUCUUUUGAUGGCCCCUGUCGCCUGCAGCACUGCAGAUGCUGUUCCCAAUGAGCAUGGGGGAGCCAGCAGGACUCCUGGGUUCUCUUCUGCAGCUGUUGGCUCCCCGGCACCCAGGUUGGGUCCAAUAAAGAGUCUGAAACAGUC